AUAUGCUUUGAAAGUAUACUAAAGAUACCAUGGCCUGUCUUACAAUAACACAGAUGGAAGGACCGACAUCAUCUGCUGUUCAUCAGAAUGGAAGCAUCUUUGGGAAUUCAGCCAUUCACAGUCCGAGAGAGGCGCUGCUUCAGGUUUAUGUUUAUCAUUCCCUAGGGAAAGUGGAAGGCGAUUAUCUACAGUUUCCAGCUGGAGAAUAUGUUGCGGAAGAGCUCUGUAUGGCUGCCUGUAAGGCUUGUGGAAUCUUGCCAGUCUACCAUAACAUGUUUGCAUUAAUGAACCAGGCAGACAGAUGCUGGUAUCCUCCAAACCAUACCUUCCAAAUAGAGGGAUCAGCUAGUGACACCGUACUGUACCGAUUAAGGUAUUACUUCCCUCACUGGUAUUCUAACAGCAGUACACGAUCAUACCGGUAUGGUGUUUCUCGGGGUGCAGAGAGUCCUGUUCUUGAUGAUGUUGUCAUGUCUUAUUUGUUUGCCCAGUGGCGAGAAGACUUUGUCCAUGGAUGGGUAAAGAUGUCUGUUACUCAUGAGACACAAGAAGAGUGUCUUGGCAUGGCUGUUCUAGAUAUGAUGAGAAUGGCUAAAGAAAAGGACCAAACUCCAUUGGCUAUCUACAAUUCUGUCAGCUACAAAAUGUUUUUGCCCAAAUGUAUCAAAGAAAAAAUCCAAGACUAUCACAUUCUAACACGAAAAAGAAUAAGGUACAGGUUUCGCAAGUUUAUUCAGCAAUUCAGCCAAUGCAAAGCAACUGCCAGAAAUUUGAAACUGAAAUAUCUUAUAAAUCUGGAAACUCUCCAGUCUGCCUUCUACUCAGAGGUGUUUGAAGUAAAGGAGCCUGGCAGAGAGCAUUCAGACAAAGACAGUUUUGCAACCAUUGUAAUAUCCGGAAAUGGAGGAAUUCGGUUGUCUAGAGGGAAACAUAAAGACAGUGAAACGCUGGCAGAACAGAACCUACAGACCUACUGUGAUUUUCCUGAUAUCAUUGAUGUCAGUAUUAAGCAAGCAAGCCAGGAAGGUUCCACUGAGAGCAGAAUUGUAACCAUUCACAAGCAGGACUCCAAGAAUCUGGAAGCAGAAUUUCAUUCAUUAAGAGACGCUCUUUCUUUUGUAUCGUUAAUUGAUGGCUAUUAUAGAUUAACUGCAGAUGCUCAUCAUUACCUCUGUAAAGAAGUAGCACCUCCUUCAGUGCUUGAAAAUAUCCAGAGCAAUUGCCAUGGGCCAGUUUCUAUGGACUUUGCAAUCAGUAAACUGAAGAAAGCCGGCAAUCAGACUGGGUAUUAUGUUCUUCGUUGCAGUCCGAAAGAGUUUAAGAAAUACUUUCUGACCUUUGCUGUGCAGCGUGACAGCAUCACUGAUUACAAGCAUUGUUUAAUAACCAAAAGUGAAAGUGGAGAGUAUAAUCUCACUGGUACAAGAAGAAGCUUUACAAACCUCCCAGAUUUGUUGAAUUGUUACCGGACAGAAACUGUACGAUCAGACAGCAUCAUUUUCCAGUUUACCAGAUGCUGCCCACCAAAGCCAAAAGAUAAAUCGAACCUCCUAGUAUUCAGAAGCAAUGGAGUGUCUGAUAUACCAACGUCACCCACCUUGCAGAGGCACAAUAACAUCAACCAGAUGGUCUUUCACAAAAUUUCCAAUGAAGAUUUGAUAUUUAAUGAAAGCCUUGGUCAGGGAACGUUCACUAAGAUUUUCAAAGGUAUGAGAAAAGAAGAGGGAGACUAUGGCAAGGUGUAUGAAACUGAAGUCCUACUGAAAGUUCUGGAUAAAGUUCACAGGAACUACUCUGAGUCUUUCUUUGAGGCAGCAAGCAUGAUGAGUCAACUUUCUUACAAGCACUUGGUAUUAAAUUAUGGAGUUUGUGUCUAUGGAGAGGAAAAUAUUCUUGUACAGGAGUUUGUAAAGUUUGGAUCAUUGGACACCUAUUUGAAGAAGAAUAAAAAUUCUAUAAACAUCUUGUGGAAACUGGAAGUUGCCAAGCAGCUUGCAAUGGCCAUGCACUUUCUGGAAGAUAAAAACCUUGUUCAUGGGAACGUAUGUGCAAAAAAUAUUUUGCUUAUCAGAGAAGAAGAUAGGAAGGCGGGGAACCUUCCUUUUAUCAAGCUUAGUGAUCCUGGUAUCAGCAUUACAGUGUUGCCAAAAGACAUUCUUCUUGAGAGAAUACCCUGGGUUCCGCCUGAAUGCAUAGAAAACCCCAAACAGCUGAGUUUGGCGACAGAUAAAUGGAGUUUUGGGACCACUCUGUGGGAAAUCUGCAGUGGGGGAGACAAGCCUCUUAAUGCACUGGAUUCUCAGAGAAAACUACAGUUUUAUGAAGACAGGCACCAGCUUCCUGCUCCAAAUUGGACAGAACUGGCCAAUCUAAUAAAUAACUGUAUGGAUUAUGAACCAGACUUCAGGCCUUCAUUCAGAGCAAUUAUACGUGAUCUUAACAGUUUGUUCACUCCAGAUUAUGAACUAUUGACGGAAAAUGACAUGUUGCCAAAUAUGAGAACUGGUGCGCUUGGAUUUUCUGGGGCUUUUGCAAGCAGGGAUCCAACCCAUUUUGAAGAGAGACACCUCAAGUUCUUACAGCAGCUUGGCAAGGGUAAUUUUGGCAGUGUGGAGAUGUGUCGAUAUGACCCACUGCAGGACAAUACUGGGGAGGUGGUGGCUGUUAAAAAGCUGCAGCACAGCACAGAAGAACAUCUGCGGGACUUUGAAAGAGAAAUUGAAAUUCUCAAAUCCCUGCAACAUGACAACAUUGUCAAGUACAAAGGAGUCUGCUAUAGCGCUGGUCGGAGAAACCUGAAGUUGAUAAUGGAAUAUUUACCUUAUGGAAGUUUACGUGACUACAUCCAGAAACAUAAAGACAGACUGGAUCAUAAGAAACUCCUGCAGUAUGCCUCACAGAUAUGCAAGGGAAUGGAGUAUCUGGGCAUAAAAAGAUAUGUCCACAGAGAUCUCGCAACACGGAACAUCUUGGUGGAGAACGAGAACAGAGUUAAAAUUGGAGAUUUUGGCUUGACAAAAGUUUUGCCCCAGGACAAAGAGUACUACAAAGUUAAGGAGCCAGGCGAGAGCCCUAUAUUUUGGUAUGCUCCAGAAUCACUGACAGACAAUAAGUUUUCUGUGGCCUCGGAUAUGUGGAGCUUUGGUGUGGUUCUAUAUGAACUCUUCACAUAUAUAGACAAGAACAAAAGCCCUCCAGCGGAGUUCAUGCGCAUGAUUGGCAAUGAUAAGCAAAACCAGAUGAUCGUGUACCAUUUGAUAGAGCUUUUGAAAAAUAAUGGACGGUUGCCAAGACCUGAUGGGUGCCCUGAUGAGGCUUAUGCCAUAAUGACGGAAUGCUGGAAUAAUAAUGUGAGCCUGCGACCCUCCUUCAGGGACCUUGCUCUGCGAGUGGAUCUUAUAAGGGAGAGCAUGGGUGGAUGAGUUUACUGGAAUUCUUUCAGA